AUGCAAACACCUCACCUUUCUAAACAUCGUUCUGUUCUUGCUUCAUCUUCCCAACAACAACUCAACCCUCUGUUAUCAUCACAGCAAAACAAACCCAAAGGAACAAGCCACACAGUUUUACCCUCUUCUUUCAUAAAUCAAUCUGUUACCGGAAAGGAACCUGCUGCUGUUAGUUUUAAAGAACCUUUAAUAUCUUCAUCAUCGGCUGGCCUUUAUCGAAAGAAUGAAUUGAGUACAUCAUCAGACCUUCAACAGAAUUUAAUUGUAGACAGCGAGAUACCUCCAACAGAGAGCAUUGUGGAUGGAUUACCAAAUAGAAUUCCUUCCAACCUUGCUCCGACAACAUCAUCAUUUAUAUUCGGCCAAUCACCCAUGAAACCUUUUUUCAAGGGAAGAAAUAAAAGAAGUAUUUUUACAUCUCCUUUGCAAACAGACCCUUUCUACCAAGUAACUGAUGUAGCUUUAGCUAGUCGUAUUAAUGAUAUAGUUAAAGAUACAACAUGGGUUACUGUGUUUGGAUUUCCUCCAGACAAAACAUCUUACAUUUUAAAACAAUUUUCGAAUUAUGGAACUAUAAUUAAUCACAAAAUAACUAAUGGAAAUUUUAUACAUAUUCAAUAUAAAACUAGAAUUCAAGCAGACAAAGCAUUAAGUAAGAAUGGAAAAAUAUUUGAUGGUGUUCUAAUGAUAGGAGUGGUUGAAUGUUUAGAUACAGAAAUUUUACAAUUACAGCAACGUGAAAGAGACAGCUUUGAGAGUUAUGCCAAAAAGCGAACCUUUGACGAUCAUUCAGAAGAAGAAGAAGAAUCUAAAGAUACUUUCUACAGAAAUGGUAUUAAUUUUAGGCAUCAAUUAGAUUUACCUCUACAAAAGAAGAGAAAGCCCGAAGCAUCCACAUCUACCUUCUCCAAGUUUUUGGAUUAUAUUUUCAAAUUUUAA